UGUCAGAGGAGAUCAACGAGCACGAAGCGAAAAUAUGAACAGGUUUUUGGUUUUGACUGUGGCGUUGGUGUGCGUCAACGCACGUCCCGAUAUUGGGUUGAAACUCAGGGAGGCUGGUUCACCAACCGGUAGUUACUUACCGGGGGUUGGGGGUCAGCAGGAAAGUUACGGAUCUUCGCAGACCUUCCAGACCUCUCCGGGACAUCUUCCCACCUACAACACGUACAAUCCGGUCGUUUCCCAUAUUCUUGAGAACAAGAACUUCUUCUUCGAUGCUCCAGAGGAUCUGGGAGAGACCCAUGUGAGGGUUCACGUGCAACCGUCGGCCGCGGCUGGAGAAAAGUCCAUCUUCAUCAGGGCUCCAUCGUACAACUCGAAGAUCGUGCCGCACUUCAACAUCGCUCAACAGCAAGCCGCAGGAAAGACAAAGGUCUACGUUUUGGUGAAGAAACCUGAAGAACAGCAGGACAUCGUCGUUCCAGCUACCGUUCAAGCGACUGCUGCUCAACCGGAGGUCGUCUUCAUCAAGUACAAGACUCAGAAGGAAGCCGAAGAGAAGAUCAAGAACAUCCAGGAUGGAGCCACCGGUGGAACCAGCGCUAAAACAGUCUUCAACCAUCGCGAAUUAGUCAGUUCCAUCAAGGAUGAGCCAGCCCAUCAACAUCACCAACAAACCAUCAGCUACACUGGACCCAUCAUCGAACAAUCCGCCGGAGCUCCAGCUCUUGCAGGAAUCCAAUCAUUCGGUCCAUCCACAAUUGGCGGUCCAUCUGUAAUUGGAAGUUCUUCAGUAAUCGGAAGUCCAUCCGUAUCCAGCGGCCCAACCUUGAUUGGUGGAGGCUCCACUCACUCCAGCAUCGUCGGAGGGGGAGCACCAGGUGCCGGCAGGUUGAUCAUCGACACCAUCAUCGGUAGCCCGAACCCGCACUCCGUUGCCGGAGUCACCACGACCGUCACUCAAACAGGCAAAGGUGGAAUCAGCCGCACCCACGACAUCGUCGUUCCAGUCGCUCCACAAGGACCACCAGCAUCUCCGGAGGUCUUCUUCGUCAAGUACACCGAUCAGAAGGACGUCGCCGAUAAAAUCCACAGCAUCGAGAGCGGAAACACCGAGACACUGCUGAAGGGCAAUCCGUUGCCGCACCACGAGGACCUUGCCAACGCCAUCCCCGAGUCCAGCUCGGUGACCGCCGAAAGCACUAGCGUCGUCACCAAAGAGGAAUCCCACGAAUUCGGCCCAGCCGGAGAAAGUGGCCCGUACUAAUAUAACUUCACCAAUCUGA